AAUGUAAAAAAUUGUGAAUUGAAAGAAUUAAUUAAUUAAUUAAUUAAUUAAUUGUCAUAAGUAGUUAAGACAAGAAUUGUGUUUUAAUAUCAAAAAUAGUACUUAAGUGAAGGAUAUAAAAUAAAAAAAUUGGAAAAAAAAAUGAUGCCUUCCAUGGAGAACACUAUGAAAAGUUUUAGUUUUGGUGUCGUCGACUAUAUAGUAUUCGGGAUUAUGUUAACCGUUUCCGCAAGUAUCGGUGCGUAUUUCGGUUUCUUUUCAAAAUCCAAAAACACAACCGAUGAAUAUUUACUGGGUGGCAAAAAAAUGAAAACUAUACCCAUCGCUAUAUCCUUAGUAGCAAGCCAAUUAUCCGGGAUAGCCAUUAUGUCAAUACCAGCUGAAACUUAUUCUUAUGGUUUGGCUUACAUCUUUCUUGUCUUGUCGAAUAUUUUAGUGGUACCUACCUUAACCUAUAUAAUAGUACCAGUAUUCUAUGAGAACAACAUUUCAAACUGUUACGAGUAUUUACAAAUACGUUUCAAUAAAUCAACUCGGCGAAUUGUGACGUUGUCGUUUGUCUUGAAUGCAUGCUUAAUGCUGCCCGUCUAUAUGUUUAUACCAUCACUGGCCUUUUCUCAGGUGACCGGCAUAAAUAUUCAUUUGAUUAAUACAAUCGUCUGCUCCAUUUGCGUGUUUUAUACAAUGCUGGGUGGCAUUAAAGCGGUGGUAUGGACAGACGUUGUUCAAGCUAUGGUUAUGUUAUCUUCUGUAGUUUUAGUUAGUUACUUGGGCGUUCUGAAAGUCGGCGGUUUAAAUAAAGUUUUUGAAAAUGUUGAGGCUGGUGGCCGUUUAGAUGUUUCGUAUUCCUUAGAUCCUCGGAUACGUUCGUCAUUUUUCAGCCUCUUCAUAAGUGGUUAUCUUAUGUGGACGGGUCAUAUUGGUCUAAAUCAAAUUUGUGUCCAAAGAAUUGUUUCUUUACCCACUAUACAACAGGCAAAAAGAGCUUUAACUAUAACUGGCAUUGGUAUUAUAAUUAUUAUGAGCUUCAAUGCUUUCACAGGGCUAUUGAUGUUUGCUCGUUACUUUGGAUGUGACCCCAUUCUGGCAGGUGUGGUCGAGAAGCCUGAUAAAUUGAUGCCUUUCUUUGUACAAGAUGUUGUUGGACAUUUAAAGGGCGUACCAGGCGUUUUCAUUUCUUGCGUUUUUAGUGCUUCUCUUAGCACCAUGUCGGCGAUAUUAAAUUCCAUGGCCGGUGUAGUUUAUUUCGAUUACAUUAAGCCUUGGAUAAGACAUACGGAAGCACGAGCAAAUGCUGUUAUGAAAAUUUUCGUCGUUGUUAUGGGCUUCUAUUGCAUUGCCAGCGGUUUAAUUGUGCAAAGAUUCACUUCUAUUUUACAAACUAUCAUAACUAUAACUGGGAUAAACACCGGUGCUGUAGUCGGUGUAUUCCUUUUGGGUAUGUUUGUACCACGAGCUAAUGGAAAAGCGGCCGUUACGUCUGUCGCUUUUAGUAUUCUAACGAUGUUAUGGAUUAUUGUAAAUGCUCAAUUACGCUUCAAAGCCGGUCACAUUAAAUACGAACCAUUGCCUACAACUUUAGAUAACUGUCAUAUCCAUGAUUUUCGAGCAGUCAUUACAAAUAUCUCUACUACGCCAGCAUCAUCCAUUCUACAAAGCACCCACUCCGAAGAAGUGCCUUUGCUAACUACGGCUUUUGGUAGCAAUCAAGAUUUUUCUAUUUAUGAUAUCACCUUCUAUUGGUAUAAGGUAUUGGGUGUUGUCUUAGUAUGGCUGUUGGCGAUUCCACUCAGCUAUGUUUGGAAAUCAAGUGAAGAAAAAUUGAAUCCUAAAUUAUUUACACCAUUUGUGCGACGAUUCUUAACUCAACGCAGUAUAGAAAUGGAAGAAAUGCCCUUGAAAACAGCUAAAUACGUUACACCAAACACAAAUACAACAGUAGUUGUUCCACUCAACGCGGAAGAGAAUAAUAAAUUAAAGUAA